GAGCUCAACGCCACGGUCGAGGCCGCGGCCACACGCGUGGUCCGCGAGCGCGUGGGCGGCGGCGUGCAAGCGCGGCUGGUGCCAGGAGGCGAGGAGGCGCUACCGCUGGUGUUCUUCGGCGACGGCGUGAAGCUGGGAAAGGAGCCGUUCCGCCCGUACGGGCAGCGCGAGGCCCAGCAGCUGUUGGACGACAUCAUGGACGGCUUCUUCCCGUACGCCCUGAAGGACGACCAUCCUGGUGGAGUUGUGCUGAAGGAUGCGUUUUGGGGGGGAAAUCUGGUGUUGUGGUUUCACCCGCAGGUCCCAGCAGCGCAGUAG